UUACCGAGAGAGAGAGAGAGAGGAGAAGAAGAAGAAGAAGAAGAGGAAGAGGAAGAGGAAGAAGGGGGUUUCCGAGUCUCUGACAAACAACCAUUUCAAGGUUUCAGAGGUGAUAGAAAAUGGCAGAAGGUGAGGAUAUUCAGCCUCUUGUAUGCGACAAUGGGACAGGAAUGGUCAAGGCUGGAUUUGCUGGAGAUGAUGCUCCAAGGGCCGUCUUCCCCAGCAUUGUAGGUCGCCCCCGCCACACUGGUGUGAUGGUUGGUAUGGGCCAGAAGGAUGCCUAUGUUGGGGAUGAAGCACAGUCUAAGCGUGGUAUCUUAACUUUAAAAUAUCCAAUUGAACAUGGCAUUGUGAACAAUUGGGAUGACAUGGAGAAGAUCUGGCAUCACACCUUCUACAAUGAGCUCCGUGUGGCCCCAGAAGAGCACCCUGUUCUCCUCACAGAGGCACCUCUCAAUCCAAAGGCUAAUCGUGAGAAGAUGACACAAAUCAUGUUUGAGACAUUCAACACUCCUGCGAUGUAUGUUGCUAUUCAGGCUGUUCUUUCCCUUUAUGCCAGUGGUCGUACGACUGGUAUCGUUUUGGACUCUGGAGAUGGUGUCAGUCACACUGUUCCCAUCUAUGAAGGUUAUGCCCUUCCACACGCCAUCCUGCGUCUUGACCUUGCAGGCCGUGAUCUCACAGAUGCCUUGAUGAAAAUCUUGACUGAACGUGGUUACUCCUUCACCACCACAGCCGAGCGUGAAAUUGUGAGGGAUAUGAAAGAGAAGCUUGCAUACAUUGCUCUUGACUAUGAGCAAGAGCUAGAGACAGCCAAGACGAGCUCAUCUGUAGAGAAGAGUUAUGAACUGCCUGAUGGGCAGGUGAUCACCAUUGGUGCUGAGCGUUUUAGAUGUCCAGAGGUUCUCUUCCAGCCGUCCAUGAUUGGUAUGGAAGCUGCUGGCAUUCACGAGACGACAUACAACUCUAUCAUGAAGUGCGACGUGGAUAUUAGGAAGGAUCUUUAUGGCAACAUUGUCCUCAGUGGUGGCUCCACCAUGUUCCCAGGCAUAGCYGAUAGGAUGAGCAAGGAAAUAACAGCAUUAGCACCCAGCAGCAUGAAGAUCAAGGUUGUUGCUCCACCUGAGAGGAAGUACAGCGUUUGGAUUGGGGGAUCCAUCUUGGCAUCUCUCAGCACUUUCCAGCAGAUGUGGAUUUCAAAGGGAGAGUACGAUGAAUCUGGGCCAUCUAUUGUGCACAGGAAAUGCUUCUGAUUAUGCAUGGCAAGAGCCAAGGUUGAAGAGAUGCACCUUGCAUCCGAGAAAUGCUUCUUAUCAUGCAUGUUUUUAAAUGCUUUCUUUUUCUUUUCCAUCUAUUCCGCUUGUUGUUUCUUUCUUCUCCCAUUCCAUUGUUGGGACAAUGACCUCGAACUCGAAGGUACCUAAAAAUCAAUUCUUUUUUUUCGUUUUUUCAUUAUUAUUUCUUCUUAGUUGUGUACUAAUUCUGCUUUGGUUUGGGUUGAAGCGGAUUUUGCCAUUACUUACAGUGUGUUUUGAUUAAAACCAAUAAACAUAUUUCUUUCCAGGCAAACUGACAGAUUUCUGUCCAUUGUCAAUUUUCUCUCUUAAUUCUUAAUUCUUAUCAUGCA